AGUUCGCAUUCACCCAGUGGCCGGCAGUUCCGCGGACUUGCCGGGUGUGCCGCCCCUGGCCUGCGGCGCUCUCGGGGCUGCCAGGGAUGCGCGCCAGGCAUCAGCUUGGAAGCGGAAUUCCUGCUGCCCUCUGGAAAGUGAUGUGCGCAAAAUGAAGUUGAUCUUUGGGGACGGUUUCUUCAGCCUGUAAUCGCGCUCUCGUUUGAGUAUUGCAAACGAAAGUAUCGGUUAUGCUGCAGGUGAAGAUCAGGUUUGAAUGGGCAAAUAUUGCCACCAGUACAAUCUUCUAGAGUCUUUUACUUUCAGAUGCAAUGCUGGUGAUGAAACUAUAACAGGCCAGAGACCCUGUCUUGUUGUUGCCCAGGCAACAUUCCCUGGAGUUCCAGGGGUUUUAGAGGAGGCAGGAAAGUGGGAUCAGGCUCAGGGUAGCAAUCUGUGUUCCGCAUGUCAGUGUCUUGCCAAAAGAAAAGACAACCCCCUAUUUUAAUUUGGUAAUCUUGAGUUUAGCUAGCAGGGAAGUUAGUGUGUGCUCGACUCUGAAACUUCCCGGACUUCCACUGUGUUGUGCUGCUAGUGUUACGUCAGGUGUCUUCAUUUACCACUCUGACUACAUAGGUUUUAUUUAUUCAUAAUUCCACUGUCUAGCAUAACGUCCAUUGUUGGGGGCAAGGCAGAGACUUGGGCUGAAUCAACAACUUGUUCCUCCGUGUCUCCUAGCCACAAAAAGGAUGCAUGUCAUUGUAAACAGUUAGCAUAAUCCCACAGGAUGCCCCUGGACAGGGGGGCUUUGUCUGAGAUAAAACAUCACUGAAACGGUGUGGGAGAGCAACUGAUAACUGGAAAUGUUAUUGCUCUUGGGCCAUAGCCUAUGGUCCUUUAUGCAAAGUCCGUAACAAUGGCAUCCCUAUUUUAUUAACUAAUUGGGGAUUAAGGGUUUCAUAAAAUCAAAAAGUUCAUAAAAGUGACCACUUCAAAAUGACAGUAGGUAUGGUGCAUACGUGGCAGUAUGGUGCACUGCAUUGCUUUUUUUUCUUCUUGUCCUUCAGACAGCUGAAAAGUGAUUUCCAGUGCACUGAAGGCAACAGAAUGUGCAGGGAUGUCAACUUGUUCUUCAUCAACAUCACUUCCAUUAUGUGACUUUUUUCCCUGUCAAGGAGACAUGAUCCAUAUAACUAGUUGUUUAUAAGCACAGAGAGUUGCAGUGAUCAGCGUGGAAGCCACAAACGUGUGAAUCACAGUGGCCAAGCCAGGUCUGAUGGUGCAAGAUGCAGCUGCCCUUUCACCAAGGAAGGAAAGGCACUUUGGCAGCCAUGGCUGAUAAGGCAGAAGCGUUUGUUUGGGUUAACGAUGCAUUGGCUCAUUCCCAGAGUGUUGCCAAGGCCAAAUAUGAAUUUCAGUUUGGUGGGUCAGAAACACAGAAACCUUCAGAAACAGGUGGACAAGGAGAUAGCACCCUGCUCCCACAUAACGUCUCAAAUGAAUUUCCAGAAUAUGGCACGAUGGAGCAAGGUGCAGAAUCACUGAGGAGUUCAUCUGAGUUUCUAGCAGAGGCUAUAAUAUGCAGUCCAGAAAGGAGGGAGGAUGACCUGUUGCCUACUCUUCUUGCAAGUGGCACUUAUGCAGAUGAGCCAGUAUCUUGCAUUGAGGCAUCACUGCUACCAUCGAAAGAAGAAACUUUGCCACGUGCUGAUAGACAGACUGGGGUUGUGAAAAUUUCUCAAGAGCUAGAAGCUGCAAAAGUACAGAAGGGAGCAAAUGCUUUUCUUUGUUCAGAGCUGCAAAUGGAAAAAGAAAGGAGUAUUGGCAGCCAAGGCAUACAAGCAGCCAGAGAAUUGGUUCCAGCAGGCCAAGAAAAACCCUCAGACGAGCCUCUUCCAUCUGAAGUAAGAGCUGAGGAGAAAUUGUAUUCGAUCGUAGAAAAAGAUCUGGCUGCAACAGUAACUGGAGAAAUGCAGUUAGAGUCCUUGCAAGCCAUCAAUAAUAAAACUGAGGAGGUCCCCAAAGUGAAGGAGACAAGCUGUCACACACCAUCUGUACCAGCCCUGGAGGCAGACAGCAAAGUUGGGGGCGUUAUCAGUAUUCUGGGAGAGGGAUGGUCAGAUUUUGAGAAGGAAUUUUCAAUGUACAAUCCAGGCGAGAUGCAAACGGGUCCUGGGAGGAGGAUAUCGAAAGAGGCAGCUGUGAGCAGACAUGUAGAAUUUCAAGGAGUGGAGAUUUUAUGGAUACAGAAACCAGAGGAGCAGAAGGGAGCGAAGCAUUCAGUGCUAGAGGCCAGUGCACACUUACAAAGGGCCGUGUCUGUAGAAAAGAAGUUCUCCAAAGCAUCAAGCCAACCCAUUCCAGCCUCGGUCUCCUCAGGGUUAGUCACUUUGUCUGAGAGUGUUUGGAACGAAGCCCAGGCAGAUUUCAAACCAGGAGUUGGCUCGGAGUCCUUUUCUCUAGCUUUGCUAGCUGAAGGUGGGGAGGAUGAAGUCUUUGUGAAGGAUAAACUUGCAGAAGAAAAGAACCACGUGCUGAACACAGACAGUGAAAGGAUCAUGGAGGAGGAAGAAGCAGCCAUGGGAGGAUAUGAAGAUCUCCUUGGACAGAGGCACGCAGAAGUCUCCAUUGAUGUGUAUAGCUCACAGUUUGAAAACAUUCUAGACAAUACUUCUUUAUAUUAUAGUGCGGAAUCCCUGGAGACUUUAUAUUCGGAACCCGAUAGCUACUUUAGUUUUGAAAUGCCACUCACCCCGAUGAUCCAGCAACGUAUCAAGGAAGGUAGUCAGUUCUUAGAAAGAACUGCUUCAGGACAGCACGAUGUCUGUAAGCUUCCCAUAAAUGGUGAGAUCAAGAGUCAAUGCAGAGACAUCUCCAGUGGACUAAGGGAUGUAAGUGACACCCUCUUCAGAAGAGACGUCACAGAGGUUACUCAUUUGGACAGCAAUGCUGGACUGAAAAAUUCGCUGUUCGACUCCACAGCUGCCAUGGGUAGCAAUGAGCUCCUGGAGAAAGAUAGCACUGAAAACCAUAGUAAAGAUCUCAGCAAUGGCACCGACAGCAAUUUGGAAGCAGCCAGAAGGCUGGCUAAGCGCCUCUACCAACUGGACCGAUUCAAGCGCUCUGAUGUGGCAAAGCACCUGGGUAAAAACAAUGAGUUCAGCAAACUUGUGGCUGAAGAAUACCUGAAGUUUUUUGAUUUCACGGGUAUGAUGCUGGAUCACUCCCUCAGGAGUUUCUUUAAAGCCUUUUCACUUAUUGGAGAAACUCAGGAAAGAGAGAGAGUAUUAAUCCACUUCUCCAACAGAUACUAUCAGUGUAACCCAAACACCAUUUCUACUCAAGAUGGAGUCCAUUGUCUUACCUGUGCAGUGAUGCUGCUGAACACUGACCUACAUGGCCAUAACAUUGGGAAAAAGAUGACCUGCCACGAAUUCAUUGCCAACCUUCAGGGGAUGAACGAAGGCAAAGAUUUCCAUAGGGGGUUGCUGAAGGCUCUCUACAAUUCGAUCAAGAAUGAGAAGCUUGACUGGGCAAUAGACGAAGAGGAGAAAAAAAAAUCUCACUGUGAUGGUACUGAUGAGAAGGAUAAUGGACCCCAUUCAAAGGCCAUUACUCGGAUCGGCCAUUCCAAUAACCCCUUCCUGGACAUUCCUCAUGACCUCAAUGCUGCUGUGUAUAAAACUGGAUUUCUGGCUCGGAAAAUCCAUGCAGAUAUGGAUGGAAAGAGGACUCCCAGAGGGAAGCGUGGCUGGAAAACCUUCUACGCUGUGCUGAAGGGAACAGUGCUUUACUUGCAAAAGGAUGAAUAUAAACCAGAAAAGGCUUUGUCUGAGGAGGAUCUGAAAAAUGCAGUUAGCGUGCACCAUGCAUUGGCAUCAAAGGCAACAGACUAUGAGAAGAGGCCCAACGUACUAAAGCUCAAAACAGCUGACUGGAGGGUCUUGCUUUUCCAAGCCCAGAGCUCAGAAGAAAUGCAGGCAUGGAUCAACAAAAUCAAUUGUGUGGCAGCUAUAUUUUCUGCUCCACCAUUUCCAGCUGCUAUUGGCUCUCAGAAGAAGUUCAGUCGUCCGCUUCUACCGGCCACCACAACAAAGUUAUCUCAGGAUGAACAGCUGAAAUCACAUGAAGCUAAGCUGAAGCAAAUCUCUACCGAGCUAGCCGAGCAUCGUUCCUACCCACCGGACAAGAAACUUAAAGGCAAGGAAGUAGAUGACUACAAACUGAAAGACCACUAUCUGGAGUUUGAGAAAAUCCGCUAUGAGAUUUAUGUUGCCCUACUGAAAGAAGGGGGGAAGGAGCUGCUGAGCAGUGGAGAAAAUGAUGGGCCAGGACUGAAGAAAUCCCAUUCGAGUCCCUCAUUAAAUCAGGAGUCUCCAGUUAGUGCCAAGGUGAAGCGAAACAUCUCCGAGAGGAAGGACUACAGACCAGAAACACCCAGCAUCAAGCAGAAGGUCACUUAGACUGCAUGAGACCGCUGUAGAAAUAGCCAUGCAGCAAAAUACCAUUGGUCAAAAUUUCCUUUGCUAACCUGUCUUUGACAAAAGCAAACCAAUGCAUCUGCCUGAAUGGGGUGGUAGUGACAUUUUCUAUUGUAUAUUUUGUUGUUUCUGUACAGAUUGUGGGAGAUGUCUUGGCUCCUGAUUUGCUUUGCCUUGUUAAUUUAUCAUCUAACCAUUGAAGCACCUCUUUUUUUAAAAGGGGUGGGAGUGGGACUCCCUGAUUUAUUGCACGUCUCCUCCCCUUCUUUCCACUCUCAUUGGCACAUGACUUUCAUCUCAAAUCACUUGUGACCUUUCUCACUGCAGUGCGAAAAGUAACUGGACAAGCACUGCAGCAUAGUGAGUGCUAGCUGCAAUGACGAGAAAUGAAUUGUUGCUCAGUUGCAGAGAUGGAGCUGACUGCUCCCUGCAGGUUAGUUCAAUUCUGAUGCUGCGACUGGAGAUCUCCCAAGGAUGUGAAACAUGCUGGUACUUGUGCUACAGUGAUAGGAGCCGUAUAAACAGAUAGGGUACUGGAUUGUAUUAACUCUGGACCCACACAGACCAAGGGACUAAAAAAUGAAAAUCACUGGGAAUGCUGGGCAUACAGAAUUAGAACAGGUUUUUCAAAGUGAAGACUCUGGGGGAGCAGAGGGGGUUGUCCAGAGCCAUGUCUCUCUUGAUGAUUGAUCCAGCCAGAAUUAAUUUUGUUUUUCCAUUUCACUAUUCAGUGGGUUGUUGUAGAUGACAACUGCUGGCUAUGUGUUUUAGUAGAAAAGGAAAUCCCAUGUGUUUCUCAACAAUACACUCUCAUGCUGCUGCCAUACACAGUCGUAAUAUGCAUUGUUCAGCUGCAGUUUCCCUCCAGAAUUUUGAUUUCCUUAUUAGUAGGCACAGGUAUUCUGCAGUCUCUCUGAGAUCAAUGGAGGUGUUCUCCUGUUCUCUUCUGAAAGGAAUUCUGUUAAACUAUCCCUUGAAUUUUUCACAGGUAUUUAGAAAGAACAUGUUGGAACAGAAGUCCUGGUGACUCAGGGACUUAAUGGUCUUAGAUCCAGAAUCUGACCCCAUUCCAGUUGCUCUGUCCCUGGCAGUCACACCGAUGCAGCCGUAGGGACAGCAAAACCUGCUCCCUGUGGAAUCUUUCUUUAAUAGCAACUCCUGACCUCUAUAUAAGGACAUGGCCUGGGGGGAAAGGGACUUGGCCUGCAUACCUCAGCCUUCCCCAGCUGCUAGCAAUGGCCCUUUUGGGCUGUGGGCUGUAACUUAAAGCAGCCCUGAGGUUGCCUUAACUUACGCCAAGCAUGACUAAGAGAUACCUUUGCUUCCUCCCAGUGCCCGCCCAUUUUGUGCUUACUGCAGCUCAACUCGUCUGGAGGAUCUAAUCCUUAAUGUGCAAAGACAGUCCAGGUCAAUAUAAACUGUAGUAGGUGGCCUCAAAGAAACGUCUAGAUAGCUCAGGUCCAGUUCUUGCAGGGGCAGGUAUUUACAUCACAGAGCUCCUCACUACAGAGGGUAUAUUUGUGGGCAGGCUCAGCCGAGAGGCCAACAACAGGUAGGUCAUGGACGUUAAACCAUUCUGGACUACUAAACUACCAGGCUAGCAGGCAGUAGAGGGAGCAAUCAAGUAAGAUAAAGACUUUGCAGAGAAGCUACACGAUUUCUCUAUCCCAGCCUCUACCACAAAGGACAACCAUGAGAUAUACACCCCAGUGCUCUAGACUGUAAUACCCGUGCUGUGCUGUCAGAGAUCGUAGCACUGAAAGAGGAAGUGGUGCACCAAAUGGAUCAUUUAGGAUGCAGUCACUAACCAGGACCAGAUGGUAUUGCAUCCAAGAGUUCCAGCGUGACUUAUGAAUGGAGUGGCUGAGCUGCUCACAAAAAUUUGUAAUCUGUCCUCGUACUAAAAGUCUAGAGGAUAGCCAAUACCUGACCUCAUUUUAAAAAUGACUCGGAGUGACUGUGAUUCACAGAGCUGUGAGGAGGGCUGGUCAACAUUUUCCAACGUUUGGAUUUGUUUUUUAAAAAUUACAUUAUGUUUAAAGUUAAGUACAUUGUCUGAGUGCUGCCUUGAAGAGAAACUUUCCUGAAUUAGGGCCAAAGUUAUGUGCUUGAGCAACAUGCUGGGAAGUGUCAUUCACUGUAGACAAGGGCCGGGGUAAUACACAUUGGAAGAAAUAAUUUGAACUGCUCACUGAGGGGUAGUAGACUACCACUCAGGAGAAAGGCCUAGGCAUCCUGCAGCUGUUCAUUGUACAGCAGUAAUUUAAAAAGCGGGGGGGGGGCAGUAAACUAGAGGUUGAGUUAUACUGAGAGACAGGGGGAGCGCUAAUACUGGGACUGCUAAAUGUCAUUACAUAGGGACAAGUAUCAGAGGGGUAGCUGAGUUAGUCUGGAUCUGUAAAAGCGGCAAAGAGUCCUGUGGCACCU